GAAUGUGAUUGUCCUGGGAGAUCUGAAUACUGCACACAGGCCCAUUGACCACUGUCAACCAGGUGAUCCGAAUCAAUUUGCGGAGCAUCCAGAUCGUGUGUGGAUGGACAGGUUCCUGUCCUGUGCCUCUGAUCAGUCACAAUUAGAUGAAAUCAGUCAAAAUUCAGGUAGCAAACCAGGACUGGAAGUGAGAGCGAGGAGUGGGAAUGGGCUUUUUGUGGAUACAUUCCGUCUCUUCCAUCCAACAGAGAGAGAAGCUUACACCUGUUGGCGAACAAAUACAGGAGCUCGCAAAACAAACUAUGGGACAAGGAUUGAUUACAUCUUCGCAGAUAAAGCCCUGGCAGAAACUGAAUUGGAGAACUGCAUCUUGAUGCCAGAGAUUGAAGGAUCAGAUCAUUGCCCAGUCAAAGUAUUUUUAAAGGGCUUCUGUGUACCAGCCACUAAAUGUCCUCCACUUUGCACCAAAUACAUGCCAGAAUUUGCUGGCCAACAACAAAAACUUUCCAAAUUCCUAGUAAAUAUUCAGGAAAGGCAAAGCAGAUUGGAUUUGCAGACUUAUGCAGAAACUAAGCAGAAUCUCCAACCAAAGAAAGUGAAACUGGAUCUGAGACAAGCUGGUAAAGGAUUAAUGAGCGAGAAAGGAAAGAAAGCUCGAGGCAAUUCCCAUCCCUCAGGAAGUUUACUGAAGUUUUUCAAACCAGCUGACACUAAUCCAGCUUUCAAGUUGGCAACAUGUAAUGAUCUAGGUCAGUUUAAUAAAACAGCUCUCACUGACACUGGGCAGCAGCAAGCCAACAGUAAGGAAAUUAAACAGGACAUGCAGAUCGAGAAUCCACAAAGUUCAUCGCAAGCUGCUUUUUGGAAGUCAUUACUGAAAGGACAACCUCCUCCCCCAAACUGUUCUGGACAUGGAGAGCCAUGUCUGCUGCGUGUUGUCAGGAAACCAGGGCCUAAUCAGGGCAGGCAGUUCUAUAUCUGUCCACGCCCUGAAGGCGCUGUCUCAAACCCUGAAUCAAGAUGUAACUUUUUCCGCUGGGUGAACACAAGGAACUGAACGCAGUGGCAUGGGGGCCGAAACCACUGCCUACUUGGAGGGCAGCCUGGUAGAGUGAAGCAGCGGGGAAGAAAUGGAGGCACUGGGAGAGAGUGGGGGAGGAAGGGAAAUGACACUGAUGAGGGAGAUGUGGGGGGAAGGAGGGGCUCACAAAGUAGACUCACUGAAGAAGGGAGGGAAAAUGACAGAAAUGGGAAUGAUGCUGGGAGGGAGGGGAAGCAAAAUGGAAGGAGUACUGAGGAACAUCGGAAGAGGUCGGAGAGAGGUGGAGGGGAUGGAGGCUAGAAAGUGCUUCAGUGUUCAAACCUUCAGUGAAAUUCCAUUUGUUGUCUGUCUAUAUUUCCUGUGGAUUUUACAAAAAGAAAAAAAAAUUUCAAUAAUAAAUAUAGAUUUGAGCAGCAGGAAGCAGUAUAAUGAACAAAAACAAAGUUGCUGGAAAAGC